AUGUUAAUACAUGAUAAUGAUAGAGAUCAUGAUAAUGAUAUUGAUGUUGAGAAUGACAGAGAUCAUGAUAAAGAUGUUUGUGUUGAUAAUGAGGAAUCUUUGCAUGUUUUUCUAAGCAGUGCGUUCGGACCCGAGGUUGAUUUCACGUACAUAAGCACAAGGCACCCCACAAUAACAACCCCAAUCUUCCAGAAUUACACAGUUUCAGAAUCUCCUAGAGAGAUCGAAUCUCCAAAGAAAGUGGUUUUCCAUCCAAAGCUAUAUCUUUAUGCAGUUUAUUUCUGCCACUUUGUUGUCACCGAGACCAAAACGUUCAAACUCCAACUAGAUGGUGACAUUACUGGAGAUAAAGUGGAUGCUCUUGUUGUUUGCCAUAUGGAUAUUUCAGGCUGGAGCUCUGACCAUUCCGCUUUCCGUGAGUUUGGUAUUAAGCAUGGAGACGCUCUUUGUCAUGUGUUUCCUCAAGGUAACCAUGUUUGGAUUAAUCAGCCAUCGGCGGUUGAUGUCAGUGCCGAGUAG